UUCAGAGCCACUUCUUUUGCACGUUCACACCCCUUCCUCUUGUGUCUGAAGAAAGAAUGGAGACAGCAGGAAAAGUGAUCAAGUGCAAGGCGGCUGUAGCCUGGGAGGUAGGGAAACCUCUAUCCAUCGAGGAGGUUGAGGUGGCUCCACCCAAGUCCCAUGAAAUACGCAUCAAGAUCUUUGCCACAGGUGUGUGUCACACUGACUCCUACACGCUGAGUGGCAGUGACCCCGAGGGCCUGUUCCCUGUCAUCUUGGGGCAUGAGGGUGCCGGCACGGUCGAGAGCGUCGGAGAGGGUGUCACCAAGUUCAAACCAGGCGAUGCUGUGAUCCCACUGUAUGUGCCCCAGUGUGGUGAAUGCAAAUUUUGCAAAAACCCCAAGACCAACCUUUGCCAGAAAAUCAGGAUCACCCAGGGGCAGGGCCUGAUGCCCGACGGCACCUCCCGCUUCUCCUGCAAGGGCAAGCAGCUAUUCCACUUCAUGGGCUGCAGCUCUUUCUCAGAGUACACGGUGGUGGCCGACAUCUCUGUGGCCAAGGUGGACCAGAAGGCCCCCCUGGACAAGGUCUGUCUGCUUGGCUGUGGCAUCUCCACAGGCUACGGUGCUGCUCUCAACACUGCUAAGGUUGAGCCUGGGUCCAUCUGUGCCGUUUUCGGCCUCGGCGCUGUGGGAAUGGCUGUCAUUAUGGGCUGCCAGGUUGCUGGAGCAACCAGGAUCAUCGGAGUGGACAUUGACCCUAACAAGUUUGAGAAAGCCAAAGAGUUUGGAGCCACUGAGUUUGUGAACCCUAAGGACCACAGCAGGCCCAUCCAGGAGGUGCUGGUGGAGAUGACUGACGGAGGGGUGGACUACUCGUUCGAGUGCAUCGGCAAUGUUGGCCUCAUGAGAGCUGCCCUGGAGGCGUGUCAUAAAGGCUGGGGAGAGAGUGUGAUCAUUGGGGUGGCGGCGGCGGGCCAGGAGAUCUCCACACGCCCCUUCCAGCUGGUGACUGGGAGAGUCUGGAGGGGAACAGCCUUCGGAGGCUGGAAGAGUGUAGAGAGCGUGCCCAAGCUAGUGGAGGACUACAUGAAGAAGAAGCUGAAAGUGGAUGAGUUUGUGAGCCACAAUCUUCCGUUUGAGCAGAUCAAUGAGGCCUUUGACCUGAUGCAUUCUGGGACAAGCAUCCGCACUGUGCUGAAGUUCUGAGGAGCCGUUCUACAAAGGCUUCCCGCCCUCCUCCUGCCUUGAUCACAAUCACAGGUCUAGCACUUAAUCUUCUGCACUUAAUGUGAGCUAUCUGUUUCAUAAGUUAGACUGCAAGUGUAGAAUUUCAACUGAACUUUCAACUUCAAUCAAUAAAAUUUGUUAGAAAAG